AUGCCGACUGAACUCGAAGAUCUGGUGGAAUUCCUGCACCAUGGCAAUACCCCAAUCAGACAAAUAUCUUGCGAAACCCUCGUCGGCUUCUCCACCACCCAGCCUGAAGUGUUCAAGCGCAAUCAACUCCUACCCGUUCGCGAUUUGAUGCUUCUAGUCCGCGAUUACGACCCCAUUGCGAAGAAUGCAUUGACUAUCCUGGUCAAUUUGUCUGGCGAUGAAGAAGUGUUGAAACUCCUCGCCGGGGAUGACAAGUUUAUUGAGGAAUUGCUCACGAAAUUGACAAAUCCCAAAGAGCCUAACGCCGAUGAAGUGGCUAUGCUUUUAGCCAACCUCGUCAAAUCCGAAAACCUAAACAAACUAUUCGCUCUCAAGCGCAAAGUCCCCGAAUCCGUAUCUACCUCCGAGAACGCGAUCGAUCAGGUGAUGGACUGCUUCGUCAAGGGUGCCGAGGGUGGUCUCAACAAGAACGCCAAUUAUGAUUACCUGUCGUACGUGUUUGCCGACCUCUCCCAGACCGAACAGGGCAGGGCCUAUUUCACUCAACGCCAGGAGUACGAUGGGGUGGUCCCCAUCACCAAGCUGACGGUCUUCACGGAGCACCGAAGCGAUAUCCGGAGGAAGGGUGUUGCAUCCACAAUCAAGAAUGUGGCUUUUGAGAUCGACUCGCAUCCAAUGCUCUUUGACGAGGACGGUGCCAACCUUUUGCCUUACUUAUUGCUCCCGCUUGCAGGUCCAGAGGAGCUGGCGGAAGAUGAUACGGCGGACAUGCUGCCAGACCUCCAACUGUUGCCGCCCGAUAAGCAACGAGACAGCGACCCUACCAUUAUCACAACCCAUCUCGAAACCCUGCUUCUCCUAACCACAACUCGGGACGGCCGGGAGAAGAUGCGAGCAGUCAAGGUUUACCCAUUGAUUCGCGAAACUCAUAUGCACGUUGAAGAUGAAAAUGUGACAGAGGCAUGCGACCGGUUAGUGCAAGUCCUGAUGCGAGACGAGGCAAAGGAAGGUGAGGGUGAAGGCGAAAAGGAGCCCGAACAACCUCAAAUCGAGGCGCCUCAAAACGAGGAUGAAAAAGUUGUAGAACUGUUUUAA